AUGAUAAAGUUAUUAGUUACGCUGGUCAUUAUAUUAUAUCAGAAAACUUACUCUCAAGAACUUUAUUCAUUCGAUUGGAACUCUCCACGUGUAAAUAUUAAUGGGCAGCCACAUUUCAAGAUUAAUUUUUAUCCAGAAAACCCAAACUACAAAGGUGAUUUUUAUCCAGACUUGGAGUCAAAUCCAAAUACAGUAAAAUACACUUUCAAAUCAAGUUGCACAAUAUAUAGUGACACAAACUUUCUUACCACUGAUUUAUUUACACCACCAAUAAACAUUAACGAAAACCCUUCAGGAAGUUUAUUAUUGUUAAAAAAUGUUUUGGUUAUUCCAGAAGGAGUAACAGUUACGUUUUAUGGAAGAGUCAGUUGGCUUUAUACAAUUAUUAUUAAAGGAAAAUUGGUUCUUGAUCCAAAUGCUAAUACAUAUUACACAGUCUCCAAAACAAUUAUAUUCCCAACUGGUGUAUUUGAAUCAAAACCAUCUUCAAGUUUUAAUCACACAAUAUUUUUACCCGCUUUUGAAUAUUGGAAUUUCCCAUCUUGGGAUCCUCUUCAAACAUCUCCUUUUAUCUCCUUGGGCGGUACAGUUAACAUUAUUGGUUUUAACACUGAGUCAAUAUGGGCAGGAAGGAACACAUCAAAAUCUGGUUCUUAUGGAGGUUCAUUCCUCCGUACUCCUUUUUCUUAUUCAAGUCCAGGAUUACCUUUAUUUAGAAUGAGUGGAAGUUAUGAUCCAAAUUACAAUAUUAAUUAUUCAAUGGAUCAAUAUUAUACUAGUGCUAUCGCAGCAUCCCCAAGUGAAAUAAUAGGAGAAAUAUUUGGUGGAAGUGGUUAUAUUGUAAUGAGACCUUGGUCUAAAAAUGUAUUUAUCAAAGGGUUUUAUAAUAGUUCAAUGACUUUUACUCUUGGAUCGAUUGUUAAUAUUCAAAACAGUGUUUUUUAUGAUAUUGGACAUACAACAAGCAAUGUUCUCGAUGAUAAUAUAUUAAAUUCAAACUAUAAUGUUCUUAAAUAUGGAAAAAAUAUACCUGAUAGAUAUCCAAUAACUUUAUUACAUAAUAAAGAAGCAGUAAAUAUUAAGAAUAAUAUGUUCAUGGAUUAUGACUACAUUGAUACUUUAAGAGAAAGUGAAAUCCCAAGAGCUUUUAUUGGUGCUAAACGUUCAUUUGGUACAAUAUCUGGUAAUGCAUUUGCAUUGAGAAAAGGUAUCAGUGGUAUUUCAUUAUUAUAUGGAACAGAGCAAUUUGAUAUUAGCUAUAAUGGGUUCAUUUCUUUAUACUCGGAUACCAGCAUAGUUUCAUCAUAUAGAACCUAUCCAGACAUAGAUUAUAUAAAUGUUGGUAUAAUAACAUCAUCACCCUACUCUACAUAUGAAGGAAAUGCAUUUGAAGGUAAAUUCAAAGGAGGUGCAAUUCAUGUAAUCCCAAUUCAAAGUAGAUAUUCAACAUUGGGUUUAGCAUCAGAUAAACUGAUAGGUAUACACUCUGGAUUAACUCAAGAUAACACUGCUGAUUACAAAACUAAUAAUGUUUGGAACAAUGUUGUUUUUUUGAGUAAUUUCUUUGCAGGUGAAACUGAAGUACGUGUUAGAUAUCCAAUUGGAACUCAACCCCCACUAAAAAUUAAUAUAAAAUUUGGUUGGUAUAUUCGACAGCAACCAUCAUUAACUCUUGGUUCAACCGGAAACCAAGCAAACAUUGAAAUCUUUUAUGAUUCUCCAUAUAUUGCAAACUCUCUAUCUUCAAAUGAGAAAGUAUUUACUAAUGCUCCAAACACUCUAAAUGGCAAAUACAAUGCGAUAUCAAUUGUUAAUUCCAUUGCCAAAGGAAAUUAUGUUUUCUUUUCUGAAACAUUUUCGUGUGGUUAUUUAUCAAUUAAAAACUCUCUCUUCUCUCAUUAUUCUAGUUCAUCUUUAUUCUUAAAGAAAUAUACCACACAGCUAUACCUUUCUAAUGUAAAUGGUACAAAAUUAGAUAUAUUUGAAGGGGUCCUUGGUUUAUAUCCAUUAUAUAAUUUUAACCCAAUGGUAAAUUCAAUAACUUCAAAUCAACUUUUAUUAUCAUUUAAACCAAACGUCGAUUACCUUUUAGGUUCAAAUCAAAAUAUAGAAUAUAUUGUAAACGAAGUAAUUCAAUCAAUAGAUUACCCUUCAAGUGCUUCUCCUAUUUCCAAGGUUGCCAAUUUCCCAAAAGCUAAUGGACCUUAUACAGUUAUUGUUUCAUCCAAUCUAUUAUAUGCUCCAAAUGAUCCAUCUAUUGUUGGACCAUAUUAUGCUCAAACCUAUAUAGUUGAUUCUGGUGUUCAAUUGUUUUACCUUGGUAUAGAUUUAACUCCAGAUUUUAGUUCAUCUUCCAAAGCACUAUCAAUUUUAGGCAACCAAUGGACUAAAUGUGGUUGGAUUAGUGGAAUAUGUAAGGUAACUGGUAAAUACAGUAAAGUAUCACCAAUUCCAUCAACGGUAACUGAAUCUACAACUGGAACUAUCAGAAGCGCAACUGAUGAAGUAUCAAUGUUAACAUCUUAUUUAUCAAAUGAUGUUACAUUAGGAAUUAAAAGUUCAGUAAAUUUAACUUUACCAGCAAAUGCAGAAUACAAGUUUUUCAUCUACUCUUAUAAUGCAGAUUACACUGGAGCCAACAUCGUCAACUCACUACCCAUUUUCACAAUUAAGAUUAAUGGCAAAUAUCAAGAUCCAUACUCAAGACCUUCUUCACCUUAUCAAAAAUAUCAAAAAUUUGGGCCAUUCUAUUGGAAUAGUGGUUCAACUGAUGUUACACUCAUGAUUGAGUGGGCAUCUGAUAAUCUCAAGUACUCAAUACCAAUGUGCGGUAUUGAAGUUUUUUCAAAUAAUACAAUUCCUUAUUCAAUUCCAAUUACAAGCGGUACAACAACUGGCGCACCAGUUGAAACAUCAAGUAAAUCAACAGACUCUUCGACAACAACUACAACAAAUAAUAAUAGUGGUGAACACUUAAGCGCAGCUUCACCUAUUAUUAACUCUAAAUCCACUAUCUCUAUUUUAAUAUCAUUUGUAGUAAUCCAAAUAAUAUUAACAAUAAUUUAA